CAGUGGUGCGCGCGGCCUGGACAGAUCCGUCACCUGGCGGAGCUGAUACUAUGAACUUUCUCAAGUCGGCUGUGGCCUCAAUUGCCCAAGGCCCAGCAUUUCCCUACACCUUCGGCGAUCGCGUGGACAUCGACCAGUCCAUCUGGACUCUGCAGAACGGCACCAAACGAGAAGAUGGCUCCAAGUGCAGCAUCUUCACUUUCGACAUCACUGCGAAUCGAUCACGACUGCCCAUCGCUCGGAACGCGGUACGCAAGUUCAAGACGAUACGACAUCCCGGCGUGGUGAAAGUGCUGGAUACGGUCGAGACAGACUCAGUGAUUUACAUUGCCACGGAGCGCAUCACACCCUUGACUUGGUCAACGAGGCGGAAGGCACUGAGUGAGGAGAGCAUUAAAUGGGGACUUCACAACGUUGCCAAAACACUGAAAUUUAUCAACGACGAGGCGGCCUCUGUUCAUGGCAAUGUUCGAGCAAGCUCAAUCUUCACAAGUGAGAGCGGGGAGUGGAAGCUCGGCGGUCUAGAACUGCUCAGUUCUAUGAAGGAGGACGACGCAGUCAUCUUCACUCAAGGGAGUCUAGUCCCUGAUAUUGGGCGCUAUUCUCCACCCGAAAUUGUGAAGAAUGGUUGGGACAGCGUGCGAUCGGGUCCGACGCAUGCGGUUGAUUCAUAUUGCUACGGCAUUGUAGUCACCGAAGUCUUCAAUGGAGGCUUCUCUGGAACGGACCAAAUCGGGUCGACCAAGAACAUCCCGACAAACAUGCAGAACAGCUACAAGAGACUUACACAUGCAGCGCCGAAGAUGCGACUCAGCAUAGCUCACUUUCUAGAUCAAGGGGCACGACAUGGUGGCUUCUUCGACACGCCCCUCAUACAACUCACUGAUGGCAUCGACAAUAUGGGGCUCAAGAGCGACCAUGAGAAAGACGUUUUGUUCAGCGAGCUGGAACAACUGGUUGAUUCCAAUCAAUUCCCAGAAGAGUUCUUUAUGGUGAAGGUCCUGCCAGAGCUGUUAAAGUCGGUUGAGUUUGGUGGUGGUGGCCCACGACCGUUCGCUCUGGCAAUGCGCAUAGCUCCGAAGCUUCCCGACGACGAAUACAACUCCAAAAUCACUCCAAUCAUCAUCCGACUGUUCACAAGUUCAGAUCGAGCGUUGCGCGUGUGCCUACUCGACAAUCUUCCGCACAUGAUUGAUCACCUGAGCCAGAAGGUCGUCAGUGACAAGAUCUUCCCUCAGAUGGUAACAGGAUUCGGUGAUUUGGCACCGUUGGUUCGCGAACAAACAGUCAAGGCUGUACUGGUGGUAGUACCCAAGCUGUCGGACCGUAUCAUCAAUGGCGAGCUUCUUCGACAUCUGGCAAAGACGGCGAACGAUGAGCAGCCUGGCAUCAGGACCAACACCACUAUUUGUCUAGGCAAAAUUGCCAGGAAUCUCGGCGUCGGGUCUCGCGCGAAAGUCCUCGCAGCAGCCUUCUCUCGCGCUCUGCGAGAUCCUUUCGUGCAUGCGCGUAACGCUGCAUUGCUGGCGCUGGCUGCUACUGCGGAUGUGUUCAGUGAAGACGACUGCGCGACCAAGAUGCUGCCCGCAUUAUGUCCUUCAUUGGUCGACAAGGAGAAGAUGAUACGUGACCAGGCGAACAAGACCCUCAAUAUAUACCUCGAUCGUGUACGCAAGCAUCAGGCCACGAUGCCAGACACCGUUCUACCGCCUCCCGAGGCCGCAUCCGCCGGUGCGACUAGGAUGAGCACACCACAGCCUGGACAGCAAGCAGGCGGCGGAUGGGCAGGAUGGGCGAUUUCGUCAUUCACGAAUAAAUUGGGAACUGCGACUGGUGAGAUUCAACCCAACGGCACCGGAGCGAAACCUACUGCUGCAGAGGUAGCGACUCCUGCCGGCAGCACUGCUCGGCCUUCAUACAGUACAACCGCAUCGGCGCCCGAAGUUCCCAAGGUGUCGUCGGGUCUGCGAACAUCGUCUGUGCCGCCAGCUGCUGAGGAAGAUUUUGAUGCCUCGGGAUGGGGCGAUGUGGACGACACCACAGUCACUGAAGAAGAUCCAUGGGCCGAGCCGCCUGCGUCGAAACCCAGCAUAUCCUACGACGAUGGCGGGGAGCCUGAUUUCGAGGGCUGGCUCAAUGCGCAAGCGCAAGCGAAGAAAGUCAGCAAAGCACCGCUGCCGAAAGGAUUAUCGAAAAAGUCGGUGCUCACUCCGAAGUCCACAUCGAACAGCAGCAAGGCCUCAAGCCCGGCAAAUUCGAGGCCCAACACAGCGACUGCGAGACCGCUCGCAGCCCCCAAGCCCAAGCCCAAGCCCAAGCCAGUAGAAGAAGACAAUGAUGAUUGGGGCAAUGCAUGGGAGUGAAAGCCCAGUCCUUCUAUUGAAUCUUGUAGAUGGUCUCGCGGAACUCUUGCAGCAAGACCACCGAACCUAGACCACCAGAUCGAGACCACCACGACCGAAGAGAUCGCGUCCAGACUCAACAAGCUCGGUCCGGAACGAGUAUCGAUCACGAAGUGACAUGAGGUCCGACAGCCAUAUCCCUUGUCGAAACAUCUUCGAAUAUGCCCGCAGGUCAGCCGAUGAACGAUACUGUAGUUGUCUAUGAUCUCGACGCACGAUUUUUGGCAGCGCCCAAUUGACAGUGGCAAUUGACUGAGAGGGAGACAGUGCUCGGUAUUACUUGCCAAGGCCUCGAUGUCUACACGUAGUAUCAUAAUUGAAGAUCACCCUGUCGGCGUAAGCCCGCAAGACCUGUAAUUGACAUGGAAAUCUGCGCAC